CCUGUUCAACAAGUCCCAUUUUCCACCUGGACAAACGCUGAAGUCAGGAUGAGUCUGCCGGACUACAAAUCUUCUGAAAAACAGUCUUCAGCCGCAGUUCAUCACCCUCCAGUCGUGCAGUUAAAUGUCGGAGGUCACCUGUUCAGCACCUCGCUGAGCACGCUCAGGAAAUACCCCGACUCCAAGCUGGCCGAGCUGUUCAGCGGGCAGCCCAAACUGUGCAUCGAUGAAAAGGGACGAUACUUCGUCGACCGUGAUGGUUCCCACUUUGGAGCCGUCCUCGAGUUCCUCAGAUCAGACUGGCUGCCCACAGAGAACAUCCAGGAGGUUCACAGGGAGGCAGUGUACUACAACAUCAAACCACUGAUCAAACGUCUGGAGGAAACUCCUCGGCUGUUUGGAGAGCUGGUGGGAAGGCAGCAGUUCCUCUCCAGAGUCCCUCACUACCAAGAAAACAUCGAGGUGCUGAUUCGCAUCGCCAGAGCCGAGGCCAUCGCCGCCCGCCAUUCCAUCAUCAUGAUCUGCGUGCUGCGCACAGAGGAGGAUUUGGGUUUUUACGACAACGCCAUCAACAGCCUGGAGGCGAAUAAGGAGUCGGUGGUGACGUUCGGACCCUGGAAGGCCGUCCCCUCGGUUAAAGACCUGCUGGACUGCGUGCAAAUGGACAUCGAGAGUCAGGGCUACAGGGUGAGCAUCCAGCCUCACCUCAUGGAGAAGAGCUUCCUGUCCAGGAGCUACGACUACUUCUACAAACUCAUAUUCACCUGGUGGUGAUGAGAGGGCUCCUCUUCUGUUUUUAUUCAGAGCAGAAGUGAGAACUGUACAUACCGAUCCUAAAAAGAAAAGAAGGAUUUGUUAAAAGUUCCAUGUACUUAAAAACUUGUUUCUGCACCCAUGAAAAAAGGAGUCUUGAUUUUGAACACAAGGGGUCAGUACAGCAUCUGUAUAAUAAAUUCCAGAGGUAGCAGUGGUUUGAGGUAAAGUGACAGGUCCAGCAACGCCUUUAUAGAUGCUUACAACAAAGAGCUUUAUCUUAAAAUUAAUUUAGCUUCUUAGAAAUAUGAAUAUAGUUUAAUAUCCUGUGUAAUGUCAAGGAAACCACGUUGUGCUGCUGUUACAUUUUAAUAAACUACACAGUCAUAAUUUCUUGCUUUUGUCACCGAGCAGCUACAGGGGAAUGGACUUAUUACCAUGAACAGCUGGACAAUAUAAUGCAAUACACAUCAACAGCACUGCAAGGCCAUGACGUCCAGUUUGCGUUGACGUCCACGCUACAGUCAAGUGUAAGGCCAAAGUUUGUUGUGUUAGAUUUGAUGACAUUCAUAUAUUGAGUCUCCCCCUUGAAAAUACGUUUGGUGUGAAAUACUUGACAGUUCUGGAUAAUACAUUGUACCAGGGGAAACUCAGUCACUGAGGAAAGCACUGCGUCAUAUACACAACAUUGGGCAACCCACUACCCAGAUUAAAAGGAACACAAAGGUCAUAGAAGACAAAAGCUGAAGCAGCAUAUCAGCAGAGAGGGGGACAGCUGCCGCAGUGUUCACCACAGAGCAGUGCAGAGUACCCAACAGCCACCGUGUCUUCAUGUCAGACCACUUCCUGUAUGAUCAGUGUGUGAAAAACAACAAACAGUGAGUACAAAUCCAGUCACGUGUUAGAGAGGCCAGAGACUGACGCAGUGUGUGGUCAUCACGUCCAUCAGUGUCCUGCUGGUGUGUCCUCCAGCCCCUGACCUGCUCUCUGAGGAUGAUGGCAGCGUCAGCUCAGUGUCUGAUAAUAAAUACAAAAACAGAAGUUCAUUGGACAAUUUUUACAUUUGACGAUACUUUGACUGUUAUUUUUUUAUUUUUAAAAGGUAAAAUUAGACGUGUCCUCUGUUAAAUCCUGAAUGUUCACAGUAAGAAAGUGUCUGGAAUUGAUUGAGAGCAUUUAACAGUCAUACUGAAACUGACCCAAACUGAUGACUUUUCAGAGCAAGCAGCAGAGUGACUCAACAACUCGAUGUGACAGAGACACACUUUCGCUGUCGGUUUGUCAGGUGGACGGCUUUAUUCUGGCUAAUAUUCAUUAUCUACUUAAUAAACUGUGAUGUCUAAUAUAACCUUUACAAACCCUAAUCUUAAACCUUGAUACUUCACCCUCUGAGGUCUAAUUAAGGGUUUUCUGCUGUUUUUUCUGAAAAAAUGUUCUAGUUGUGUGACAGCACUAAUGUGAGAAAACUGAACAUUGCACUUUCCCAUCAAUACUUUUUGUAUCCUUACUGAAGCUACUGGAUGGGUAAGACGGACUUUGGUCCAGACUGAAAUAUCUCAAAGUCUACUGAAUGGUUUUGACAUGUAUUUUUAUACUCGUGAUCCUCUCAGGAUGAAACCUACUGACAUCUUCUGAGCACCACCAUGAGGCUGACACUUUUGGCUUUGAGUCUCAACAACUGUGCAAAGGAUUUCCAUGAAAUUUGAUACACACAUUCAUGUCCCGCUCAGGUUGAAUUGUAAGAACUUUGGUGACUGACUUUUCCUCUGGUGCCACCAUCAGAUUCAAAUUUCAAUUUAUCCAAUACUUUGUUUAGUUUAUGACUGAAUACCUGCAGUAAUUAGGUCAGCUGUUUUUAAAUCUGACUAGCCAGCGGAGUCGUGGCAUGCCUGCUGAACAUCAGCAUGUUAGCAUCGUCAUUGUGAGCAUGUUUGCAUGCUGACAUCAGCAGGUAUCUCACAGAGCAGCCAG